GCAAAUCACAUACAAAUUAUUUGAGGAUACAAACGUAAAUAUGUGUUAUUAUCCUAGUGGGUUAGAGCACAUGGAUAUAUUGAUCAGGUUACUAUGGAGUCCGACAGAAACUUUUUUCCUUUCUGAUUAUUACACUUCCAUUAACCAUGAGACUGUAUUUAAUCGGGUUGACUGAUAAAGUGAAAGUGAUUAUCUUCAGGUAAUAAAAAUUAUCUAAAAAUGUCGGGAACAAUCGAGGAAGUUUUGACCGAACUUGGAUGGGAUGAUGGCUUCCGGAUUCCAAUCGCUAAUGAAGAGAACAAGAAACUAGAAGAAGAGGUGGAAAGAAAAAGGAAGUUAAAAGCAUCAUUAUUAUUAAAAUUAGAAACUAAGGAAGAACUUAUUGCAACAAUAAAGAAGAAUGUCGUCCAACUCGAGUCUCAGCGAGAUCACAAUCAGAAUCUCAUCACAGCUCAUUCAGUUCAGAUUGAAGCUGAAAAUAAUCUUUAUAGAACAUCUCAAUCUACAUUGUCUAGUCUCAAUCAAGAAAUUCACAAAUACAAUAAAGAAAAAAAAGAGGCUACCGAAAGAAUUACAAGCAUGGAAAAGGAUAUGGCAAAAAUUAGUGACAAAUUAAAAUCCAUCCAAUCUACUAUAAAAUUGGAUCAAACACGUUUGCUUCAGUGGGAGAAUACUUUACAACGCGAAGGUAAAGAUAAUGAAUUAAUUCAGGAAUUCAUCAAAUCGGACGCUAAGAAAUACAAGGAAUAUGAGUUGAAGCGACAGAAACUUGGAGAGGAAUUGGAUGUUUACAAAGCAGGAAUAGUGAAGGCUGUUGAUAAAGUCAAUGAGAUGGAAGUCGUUCUGGAUCGUACUGCAAGAAUGUACGUCCAAUCUUUAAAAGAAAGACGUCAAUUAAUUGAUCAGUGGACCCAGAGUGUUCUUGUUUUGAAACAAAGGGACAACACUAUUCAAGAAUCUCGCAAGGAAAUAGAAACAUUGCGAGAAAUUGCAAAAGAAAAGAUGGAAGUACUUCAAGAAGCUGAACAGUUCUUAAAUAACCAAUUGGCAAACAAUAAAGAAUUAGAGAACAAUACUUCGCAAUUGGAAAAUAAAGUUGCAAUGGCUAAAGGAGAACAACGACAGCUUUCAUUAGCGAUUGAAAAUUACGAAACUCAAGUUCAAAUGCAGAAAAACAACUUAGAAGAGUGCGCUCAGCAAACACAGAUUAAACGCGCUAAUAUAAAAAAGAAAAAAAUCGACAUAGAAAAUAAGUAUGUAAAAAUAAAAAGUUGUCAAAAACAGAUUGAAGAUUUGAAAACAACUUUGAAAGAGAUUAAUAAUCAGAAAAUGAAUAUCGAAAAAAGAACGAAACAGUUGGAAGAAAUGAUUGAGAAAGAAGAAAAACGCAAAUCGGAAAUGUCCAGAGAAAUUAAUCGGUUUCAAACCAAAAUUUUACGCACAGGAAAUCAGAUUAGCGAAAUGGAAAAAGAGAAAAAAAUGAUCUGUUUGAGAUAUCAGAGUGAGAAGAAAAAAAUUGAAACCUUAGGGGUAUGUCGAGCCAAAGUAGAAAAAUUGCAAAAAGCGAAAAAAUUGGAUCUUUAUAAUGUCGAGCUAGAAGCUCAGAAAUGUGAAAUACGACUCCAACAUUUGACUGAUGUUGAAAAAGACAGAGAUCAAUUAGUCAGGAAGCAAAAAACUCUCGAAGAUUUGCAGAAAGUUCAUAAUGAAAAGAUGGCAGUCUCGAAGUUAUUACAGACCCAAAUAGAUCAUCUUGAACACGAUAUGAAGGAAAUGACUCAGCGCCUGGCGAAUAAUAAAGAAUUAGAACGUCUAAGAAACAGAAAACAAGAACUGACUUUAUUAAUAGAAGGUGGAGAGAAGCAACUUAAAGUACUUCAAGCUUCUAAUGAAGAAAAACAAGUUGAAGAAAAUUUAUUAAGGCUCAAAGUUAAUCAAGCAGAGAAGCUAGUCUCGAGUAUUGAUGGAAAAGUGUACAACUUAGAGAAAUGUAGACUACAAAUUGAAGCUGGCAUGCAGGAAAGGAUGGCGGAAAUCAAAGCUCAAAAAGAAGCCUUAUCAAUUCAACAACGCGUAGCUUUGAGUGAAUGUUCAGAGCUUCGAAGCAUAAUUGCGGAAAGGAAGACUCGAAUUCAACAAUUAAAAUUUCGAUACGAUAAUAGUAAUGCCCUUAUUGGAGUAAAUCCAGCUGAUGGGACACCUUUGAGCACAACUUAUUUGAAAAUACAGAACGCCCAGGAAAAGUAUUUACUUCAGGAACAGGGAGAUGAACUAGAUCGGACAAUUAGAAAAUGUGAACAAGAGAUAGAAAGCAUGGAAAAUACUCUGAGGGUCGUAAAUGCCUGUAAUGAUAAAUACAAAUCGAGUUUAGCUCCUGUUAGUGAUAAUGGACCAGAAAAAUCUGAACAAAAGAAAUUGGAUGAAGAGAUGUACAAUGUGCUAGAGAAAAAGAGACAAAUAAAAGCUCAACUUGAAGAAAAACAGGAAGAUCUAAAGAAAAUGGAGGAUAAUUAUAAUAUACUUGAAAAAGAUAUCGAAAAAACGAAAGAGGAGAGAGAAAAUAAGGAAAGGUUUUUGGCAAAUCUGAAAAAGCAAAUUACUGAACAAAAGGAAAAACUUUCAAGAGCUGAGAGAAGCCUUCGAAAGGCUUUUAAAGAUAUUCAAAAUUUGUAUCUUUGCACGGAUGACGAAACCAUUUUAUGGCAAGAGAAAGAUAUUGCUACCAGGGAACUACAAGAACUGAACAACCUGGCCCUCCAACACAUAGCAGAAUUUACCAUUCGUCAUGUGGAAGCUGAAGCAUAUGUUAAAAAAUGUCUAGCAUCCCGAAAUAUAGAAUUGCCUUCCAAAUAUUAUAUGAGACCAUCACCUAGUUCCAGCAGAUGUGAAAGUCUUGCUGGUUCAACCGAUAUUAGAUUCCGUUGUGGAAGUCGUGCAAGCGCGAGGUCUUCUUCAUCCAGGGAAAGCAUCAGUUGCGUUGUUAAUUUUCAACCUCAAUUCACUGAUGAUGGCUCAAGUAGAAGAACAUCUUCCAAAAAAAGUGUCAUAAGACCAAGCUCAAAAAAUCAAGACAAAGAAAAAGUAUAACUGGUUUAUACAAAUAUGUAACUAUUAUGUACGAUAAGGGCUUAAUUGAGUGACUCUGAAUGUUGC